CACCUUGAUCGCAACUCUCGCUACCCUCGUUGGUCUUAGUCAUCUUAGCUCUUCCUGAGUGAUUUAUUAUUCAAAACACCACCGUACCCUGCGUACCUAGGCACCAGGCACCUGACCAUACGUGCCGAUCCUGCUGUUCAAUGUCUAUAUGCCGGUGAUUCCGCAUCUCUGGCUGUUUGCGAGUCCGCUUCUGCUCUCUGCCGGUAGCACGACGUUAAUCGGUCGGUCGCCCCAAUCUCGUUCGAACGAACCUUGCGUGUCUUCCUGAAUCGUCUUAUUCUACAAUCUUCGAUGGUUCCGCGAUAACCUAUAAGUGUAUAUUACGCCGGUGCUAUUACGGCCGUCGCUGUGAACGAUGGCAUCUAUUCAGAGCCUGUCGGGGUUUGGUUCUGCGUCGCAUAGUUCAAGUAGCAAGAUAAGCAAGUCGAGAGCCAAAACAGCGGUGAAGCCAAUUCUCAAAAAGCUAUCGACCCAGGCAGAAAAGACCUCGCUAGACUUGGAUAGAGGGUGGUUAGAUCAGGAGGGGCAAUGUCGAAAUAGUGACGGAUGGGCAGGAGGAGCGGGGGGGUCGUACGAGCAGCAGCCGGGGAAAGACAUGAGCAUUACAUUCAACGAGACGGUCGGAACCCGUCGGUACCAUCACUCUAGAUCGAUAAGCGGCGCAAGCCAUGUCUCUGUCGCGACGUCGAGCAGUUCUGGUCCACGUCAUCAGGUCGGAGCGCCGUUUGUGCAUCCUUUCCAGCAGAUGCCUCGAACUUCGACCCCGCCGUUGUCAUAUGCCAAUUCGCAGACGUCCUUCUUCGAUAUCACGGAGGAUGACGAUAACGACGAUGAGCAGGAUAACGGUAGCAACAGCCACAGGAACAGUCUCCAGAUUCAUCCCGUCAACGCCAACCCCCACUCUCACUCGCAGCCGAGCCUUAGCGUCAGACGACCGUCUCUAGCAAGCACCCAGCGCACCACGUCCUAUUCCGAAGUGAAAAAUGCGCAUUCUCCCACUUCUUCUCACCAUCCGCCGUCCCUCAGAAUAAAUACAUCCCGCGUCUCAUCAACCACUUCGGCGCAGUCCUCGCGUCUAGCCAAGGUCGAGAGCCGAUCCGAUCUACAACUCGAGUGCAUGUUGGAGACACCCAACUCGCCGGCCAAUGCUGCGUCAACCCAUAUUUCGUCGCCAGCUAGCUCCGCGGCCCCGAUGUCUCCGCUUCGCUCUUCGUUCGAUGCGGCCGGGUUCCCGCGCCUGCGCGCCAAGUCCGAUCUUGAUACAGCAACCCGUGCCGAGCAUCUCCGAGAAGCUCGGCGGAAAUUUGAGCUAAGGGAAAAGGCGAAGGAAGAGAAAUACGCACGAGAGGAGAUCAAACGCCGGGAACGUGCCGACAACAAGCGCGCCCAGGAACAAGAGAAACACGCGGCCGCUCUAUACAAAGAGCAGAUGGCUGUCAAAGCCCGUCAAGAGGCGAUCGAGCUCGAGGAAGCGAUCGCUCGAGGAAAGCAGAACAGGAAGGCUAGCGCCACGAGCAGUGGUCGUCCCAGCUUAGCCAUUUCCCGGACCAGCAUGUCCCGACCGGGCACGUCGCGCAAGAACGCCCCUAGCCCCUUAGCGGAGUCUGACAGGUUUGCUAGCAGCAACUACGACUCCUUGGAUGCAAAGAACCCGCCGGCGUUUGGUAACGAAGCCGGAGGGGCUCACGACGUUGCUUUUCAGCCAUCUAAGCGGAGGAACACGGCCAGGAAAAAGACCCAGAGCACUUGGACUAUGUUCAUCUUGUGGUUAAGGACAAAGCUGCUCCGAGCCAGCAAAGGGCGAUGAUGCCUCAAAUUUCUCGUUGAUCCAUUCAGAGAUUUAACAAACAAUUUCUCACGCUUCAUAUUCGGUACGAUUCUCUUCCGGGCUCGGUCCGCCUAUGAAUAU